AUGAGUAUUCCACGACUGGAAUUAAUGGCGGCCGUUCUGAGUGUGAAACUUGCACGGCAUAUCACAGGUGCACUCGACGUCCCGAUGGAACAGUGCACAUUUUGGACCGACAGCAUGAAUGCGCUAUGGUGGAUACGAAACCGCAGUCGAGCGUUCAAACCAUUCGUGGCAAAUCGAGUCAGUUUCAUACAGGGCGAAACCAAUCCCAGACAGUGGAGACACGUACCUACUGACCAGAACCCUGCCGAUCUUGCAUCCAGGGGGUUGGCAGUAUCGAAGCUGGCAGACCGCGACAUCUGGUGGUCAGGACCAAAGUUCCUGCUUCAAGAUAGCGACUUCUGGCCGAAAAGUCAAUUCGAAGACAUAGCAACGGACUGCGAGAUGAAAACAAAGCAUAAGACUUGUGUCGCGAAUAUGCUAUCGCACGACGAGAAACCGAGUGGUGAUGGCGAUCGUAGCGUUGCAAACGCUGAAUGGCGUCUGAACCCGACCCGUUUCUCUAGAUGGCUGCGACUGAAACGACAGACAGCGCUAGUGCUGCGUUUUAUCGAAAACUGUCGACUGCCGAAGGAAUUGCGCCGAACGGGACCUCUAUCGCCAGAAGAGAUAUCAGACGCCGAAGCCCGAAUUCUACGCGAUGCACAGAGAGAAGGGUUCCCGGAGGAGAGUGGCGCUUUGGCAGCCAAUCGACCGUUGCCUACCCGGAGCAGCAUACUCGGGUUGUCCCCGAAACUUGGUGACGAUGGCAUAAUGCGAAUGGACGGCAGAUUAAAAUACGCGGAAUUUCUGCCCUAUGAUGUGCGUCACCCAAUCAUAUUGCCACGUAAGCAUUGGGUCACACAACUCUUGGUUAGGUAUUACCACACUCUCGGUUUCCACACGAGUGGAACCAAUCAUACAUUGGCCGACAUAUCCACGCGCUACUGGAUUACCGCUGGCCGAGAAGCAAUUCGAGAAUGCGAGAAAGAAUGUGCCAAAUGCACAUUGCGUAAGUCGAAAGCGGGACGCCAGAUAAUGGUGCCUUUACCAGGCAUACGUCUACGAGACUGA